CGCGCCGCAGGACUCGGCUCUACGGGACAUGUCUGUGCCGCGCUCGCCGCGCGCCCGGGCCUGCUAGCUCCUCCGGGCUCCCUGAACGCGCGGGGCCGCACCUGGCAGCGGCCUCGGAGCUCGGCUCGGGCAGGAGCGCGCGGCCGUGCGCACCGCGCAGCGACCGCUGCAGUCAUGGGGCUGCAGCCCCUGGAGUUCAGCGACUGCUACCUCGACAGCCCGUGGUUCCGGGAGAGGAUCCGCGCUCACGAAGCGGAACUCGAGAGGACCAACAAGUUCAUCAAAGAGCUCAUCAAGGACGGGAAGAACCUCAUCGCUGCGACCAAAAGUCUGUCAGUGGCCCAGCGGAAGUUUGCUCAUUCACUCAGAGACUUUAAGUUUGAGUUUAUUGGUGAUGCUGUGACAGAUGAUGAACGAUGCAUAGAUGCUUCUUUACGUGAAUUUUCAAAUUUUUUGAAGAAUCUGGAGGAACAGAGAGAAAUUAUGGCAUUAAGUGUAACCGAAACCCUGAUUAAACCCCUGGAAAAAUUCAGAAAAGAGCAACUUGGAGCUGUAAAGGAAGAAAAAAAGAAGUUUGACAAAGAGACAGAAAAGAAUUAUAGUCUAAUUGAUAAACAUUUGAAUUUAUCAGCAAAAAAGAAAGACUCACAUUUACAAGAGGCAGAUAUCCAAGUGGAGCAGAACCGGCAACACUUCUAUGAACUGUCUCUCGAGUAUGUGUGUAAGCUGCAGGAAAUCCAAGAAAGAAAGAAGUUUGAGUUUGUGGAACCCAUGCUGUCAUUUUUUCAGGGGAUGUUUACCUUCUAUCAUCAGGGCCAUGAACUUGCCAAAGACUUCAAUCACUACAAAAUGGAACUACAGAUCAACAUUCAGAAUACAAGGAAUCGAUUUGAAGGAACAAGGUCAGAAGUGGAAGAGCUUAUGAACAAAAUCAGACAGAAUCCCAAGGACCACAAACGAGCAAGUCAGUUUACAGCCGAAGGCUACCUGUAUGUCCAGGAAAAAAGGCCUGCUCCGUUUGGUUCCAGUUGGGUCAAACACUAUUGCAUGUAUCGAAAAGCAGCAAAGAAGUUCAACAUGAUCCCAUUUGAGCACAGAUCUGGAGGGAAACUUGGGGACGGAGAGGUGUUCUUUUUGAAAGAAUGUACCAAGAGGCAUACUGACUCCAUUGACAGAAGGUUUUGUUUUGACAUAGAAGCUGCUGAUCGGCCUGGCGUUUCCUUGACCAUGCAGGCAUUUUCCGAAGAGGAAAGGAAGCAGUGGUUGGAAGCUCUGGGUGGAAAGGAAGCUCUGUCCCAUAGUUUUAAUACAGCCAUCAUCCCAAGACCAGAAGGAAGUGCACAGUUGGAUAAAAUGGGGUUCACAAUUAUCAGAAAAUGCAUCAGUGCUGUUGAAACACGAGGUAUAAAUGACCAAGGAUUGUACAGAGUUGUGGGGGUGAGUUCAAAGGUCCAGAGACUUCUGAGUAUGUUAAUGGAUGUAAAAACAUGCAAUGAGGUGGACCUGGAGAAUUCUGCAGAUUGGGAAGUGAAGACAAUAACAAGUGCCCUGAAACAGUAUUUGAGGAGUCUUCCAGAGCCUCUCAUGACCUAUGAGUUACACGGAGAUUUCAUUGUUCCAGCCAAAAGUGGCAGCCCAGAAUCUCGUGUUAAUGCAGUCCAUUUCUUGGUACACAAACUGCCAGAGAAGAAUAAAGAGAUGUUGGAUAUUUUGGUGAAACACUUAACAAAUGUUUCAAAUCACUCCAAGCAGAACCUGAUGACCGUGGCAAACUUAGGAGUGGUGUUUGGACCAACUCUGAUGAGGCCACAGGAAGAAACUGUCGCUGCCCUCAUGGACUUGAAGUUUCAGAAUAUUGUUGUGGAAAUCUUAAUUGAAAACCAUGAAAAGAUUUUUCGGACACCACCUGAUACUACAUUCCCUGAGCCCACCUGCCUGUCAGCAUCACCCCCAAAUGCGCCACCAAGGCAGUCGAAGAGACAAGGCCAGAGAUCCAAGAGGCCUGUGGCCGUCUACAAUCUUUGUCUGGAGCUGGAAGAUGGUGACAAUCCUUACCCUUCCAAGGAGGACACCCCUACCAGCAGUCUGGACUCACUUUCCUCCCCAUCUCCCGUGACUGCAGCUAUCCCUGGGCCUCCUGGACCAGACAAAAACCACCUUCUGGCAGAUGGAGGGAGCUUUGGAGACUGGGCAUCCACUAUCCCAUGCCAGACCCGAUCGUCUAUGGUCCAGUGGCUUAACCCACAGUCUCCAACCACAACAAGCUCCAACCCAGCUGUGACACCUCUUUCACACGGGUCGUCCCCUUUCCCCUUUUCUCCUCCUGCUACUGUAGCGGACAAGCCACCUGAAAGCAUCAGCAGUCGGAAGGCUCGAGCCGUGUAUCCGUGUGAAGCAGAACACAGCUCGGAAUUAUCUUUUGAAAUAGGAGCAAUUUUUGAGGAUGUACAAACCUCCAGGGAACCUGGCUGGCUAGAAGGGACUCUGAACGGCAAGAGGGGGCUGAUUCCACAGAACUACGUCAAGCUGCUGUAGCUCCUGGCCUGAGAGCCCCUGCUGACCCUGACACCCAGGGACCUGCCUGGGGGCAGAGAGCUGUCUUCCUUCUCCGAGGCUCUGGGCUGCACCCACAGGUACCUCCACACUUGGGAGUUACCAUCAUCACAAUCAGCCUUGGGGGCGGGGGAGGGGUGGGCAGAGAUGGGACGCACCGCACAGAACUGUGAUUGUGGAUCAGGAGGGGAAUGUCAGGAUUCGCAAAAUGGACUUUUCAUUUGUCAAGUAUUGGGACUUGUGAUUUUUAAUUGUCCAGCAUAUAGAAUGAGAGGGAGGGCAGCCUUCUGCCACCUGUGUCACCUCUACUGGCAGUCACGCCACCAGAGCCACCCUGGCUCCCUCUCCUCCCUGAGCACCUGCUGCUGCGAUUUUAAAGGGAACUGUACUACUCACAGUGAUAGGUUUGCCGAGGUGCGUGCUUGGCUGUGGCAGCCUAGCUUGGAGAGGCUGCUGCUGGUGCAGGGGAGAUGGUCUCAAGCCAGAGGGAAGCAGAGAUGCGCUUCUCAAGCCUGCCCUUCCUAGAUGGCCACCUGCGGGACCCCACACUCACUGCACUGGCAGCGUGCACUGGCGUAUUUGUAACAGGCUUCUCGGUGCUCCUCACCCGUGUGCUGUUUUCCAAACACCAUCUUUUUGCCUCAAGGCCUCUCUGUAAAUGAAAUAAACUGUAAUUUACUA